UAAACAUUCCGGUUUAGUGUACCCGGUAGAAACCAUCUAUUAUCUACGCAUUUAUAAUAAUAGAAGGUAUUGUGCGGAUGUAAAAUUUUUGAAUGACUGAAAGAAAAAGUGUUAGUUAUGACAUUCAGAGUUUAUGUGAGAACAAAUUAUAAGCAGACAUUUAACAAAACAUCCAACUGUAGAAAAGGGGAUAACAAAGAAACUGGAGUUAUAUUCCACUUAAUAAAGAAGAAUUUGUAACUCACGUUGUGGUGAAGUACGAACAAGUUUUCCACAAAUAUGAUAAAUAAUGGAGAUUAUUGCUGAGCCUUUGAAUAUAGGUGCAAGUGACUUAUUGAAAGGAGUUGAAUAUACAUAUUGCGGAGGAGUAUAUAUCCAAAGUGAAACACUUCUUGGAAGAAAAUGGAAAUCGCGAUAUGCCAUAAUUUCUCAAGGUUGUUUGUACAUAUAUACUAACAAGAAUGCGAAGAAAACAGAAUGUUCGUAUUCUUUAAAACAGUUUGUAGGUGCGGUGGAAUGUGGUCCUGAAAAUGGAGAGGAUAUUUGUUUCUGCCUCAGAUACAAAAAUGCACGAGCACCUUUAAUUUUCUCCUGUGAUACCUUGGAUAGAAGAGAAAAAUGGAUUGAUAAUUUCUGCUCAGAAAUUUCGGAAGUUCAGUCAACAUUAUAUAAUGUGUCGGCUGAUAGCGGAUUCGGAAGUGCAGCCACAGUGCCUAAGAAUAGAUUAAAGGUACAUCACGGAAAGGAAGAACCAGCAAGGUAUGACGAAGUUAAGGAAAGCCAUUUCAAAGAAGCAACAUGUUCUCCAGUCCAAGCAUGUGAAGACGAUAGGAAAUAUGACUUUCCGAAAGUAUUACGUGGAGCAACGAGCACUGACCAGGACAGGUUUUAUGAAAAUGUGGAAACUAAACAUACAAAUACAACUUUUCAGUCAGAAAUUUCCAGAGUGAAAUCGAAAGCUUUUACAAACGAACUUAAGCUAACGAUUGGUAGAAGACAAGCUAAUAAAACAUCAAUGGCGGAGAAAGGACCAUUGCAUACUACAAAAUCUUUGUUCGCAAAAGGCUUGACGGCAUCCAGUCCAUUUACUGAAUCAUCCUUCGGGUCUAUACGUAGUGCUGCAGAAAAAUCCUUAUCUCACCUGUCUGUGAGAAGGCAGGAAAGCUUGUAUGACAAUGAUACAGACGGUAGAAGAAAUAGCGACUGCACAUCACGAAAAACAAUUUCUGAAAACGCGGAAGAGUUGAAAAGCAUGAAGAGGUUUGAAAGCUACGAGUAUUUUUGUGACCAGAAGGAAAAAGCAAAAAGGUUAUUAGAUAGAAUGACUGACGGAGUAUUUGCAGUUAUUCCUGGUGAAUCGACAAAACACGUGCUUUGUGUCAAGACACCAAAGGGAUUGAAAUAUUUUCGUAUACAUUGGCGGAAUGAAAGAGUGUCCCUCUACAGAUCGCAUCAGUGUGAUACAUUUCCUUCUUUGGACGAUUUAUUGUCUUAUUACAGCGCCAAUGAGUUACCAGCAGCGGAUUAUGGAGCUAAACUCCAAAAGGGAUACAAUAGUAUGUCGUAAAUAUGUGAUAUGUUACGUAUAUGAAACAUAGAAAACAACGUACAAGUUGCACUAGGUAGAAUACUACAAUGUACAAUAAACCAUUGAUGUUGACGUGUGGUUUAAUAUCAAACAGUAUUAUAAAACACAACAGUGUUGCAUAUAUAUAUACUUCUGAUUUUGUACUGUUUAAACCUUAUUGUACUUUUGGUUCAUGAAUGUAGUGCUAAUAUAAUUUAUACUAGGCAUACACGUAACAAUAUGCAUAUUGGCACAGAAUCAACUAGUUUAAACAUAUUUUAUUGCCAAUAUAUACAUAUAUAAACAGAUAACUACGUCAAUUGUACAUAUAAUAGGCAAAAGGGUCGACCCACAAGUUCUCGCAACAUUAGUAACGGGUCUUUCCUAAUGCAAAUACAUGUAUUUACAUAUUUAAUUUACAACAAUGACAACUAAUAAAGAAUCAACUAACCAUAUAAAUGAAACUGUCAUAUACAUCCUAAUUUAUGCUUUGUCUGGUUCUGUUCAUUUUUUGUAUGUCAAGGUUUUGAAAACUAUCGAGCUGAUAUCUGUUGAAAUUAUCCGCAACAUACAGUUGGUUAGCUCCUCAAAUUAAGGUAUUUGACUUUCAGACGAUAGGAAGAAGAUCAUUUAAGUGUAUAUCAUCUGAAGUCAGGUAACGGCCUGUCUGCAUUUUGAGGUAGUUCUGCGUGUUUGAAAAUACAUUAAACCGUAUUUUUUCAAACUUCUAUGUACCAGUUUGAAAGCAUUGGUCAUUUUUUUCAAUUUUAACAAAGAGUUUCUAUGGAAGAUGAUACUUUGUAUGACAUUUUCGCGUACAGAAAAUUUCCAAAGUGUAUACUUUUCCUGAAAUUUUUCAUAGGUGUAGGUUUAGUUAUUUUCAUUCAUAAGGCUAAACAAAAUUCAUUGGUCCUUUCACAAUUCACCAAAUAUAAGUUAGAUUCUUUGCACUGCUACUUGCUUUUUAUUAUAAUUUUAUAUGAUUUGUUUUGUACGUCAGCACCUGUCAACUCGUCAAAAUCAUUCUUAAGGAAAUACAGGAGCGGUGACUGUUCAAACACUCAAAACACUGGAUAUAAUAGUUUCUGCAGUAUUUGUGAUAACCGUUUAACAGCUACAAGGCAUUACUCUAGAUAUUCCGAAUAAAUGACGUUACGCUGUCGUUUCUGGUUAAUCAAUCGAGCAGCUGCCUGAAUAGGCACAGUAUACAUAUAUACGUACAGGGAAGUGUCCCACUUCGUGUUCGUCAUUAUGAGACUCUGACAUAAAAAUUGUCACAAACUGACAUACGGGCCUCAAUGUAUCUGUAGUUUAAUUGCAGGUAUUUCUUCAUCUAUUUGUAAAUUAUUGAGUUAUUGAGGUAAAUGUCAGAUUUUACACAUAAAAUACCUCUGAUGUUUUUCUGUAUUUUAUAGCUUCCAUUUCCAUGUAAAUUUAAUUAAAUUCGGUUCAAUAAUAAGAAAGUUGAUAUUUUUUUAGACUUCAGCUAUUAAUGUUUUUAUCUCCAAAACCACUAUAAUGAGCCUUAAAUUGUCCAAUUCAAAUCCGCGCCAAUGUAGUUGGAUUUCACGGCUGUAUCGUGAUUCCCGUGAAAUCUAAUAUUUGGCGGGACAUAAACCCUUCAAAUAGACUGGACUAGAUAUCUUAUAGUGCACAACAUUUUAUGACAGUCUUGAGACGAACUUAUGUCAUUUUGAUUUUUAUUGGUAGAAAUUUUGCUCGAUCGAGGUAAGAAAUUUAUUUGUUAGAUUUUUGUAUAAUGUUUGAAUUAUGAUUUCUAUUUAGUAAAUUUUUGUACAUUCUACAGAAUUUCAUAAACGUUUACUUUUCGGCAAGAGAUAAGCUGAUUUCGGUAUGUCAGGCUAAUUAAUUAAAAUUUUCAGACUUUUGGAAACUUAUUUUGAAAGAGGAAUCUAAAAUGUUUCGUUUGUAUAAGCUCUAAGAUUUGUACUGAAAUUUGUGUAACAUGAUAGUUGCAAAGUACUCUUUGUCAUAAAGUAUGCCAAUCAUUUCGUUGUAAAUUAUGGAACGCCGGUACUGCAUUGCUUUGUAAUGUAUAAAUGUAUAUGUUUGCAAGUAUUGUACUAUGUAUUUAAUAUGUAAUUGUAAUUUGAAAUUAUUGUGUGCCAAUCUAUAGCAUACCUAUACAAUGUCCGUUUUGUUGUAUGGUAGUUGUUCCGAUGGUUGUUGUCCCUAGUUCGUCCAUCCUGUCACAAAAAAUCCUUCUAUAAAUAUAUUGAAGACACACAAAACAUGUAUGUAAUUGCAUAUGACGUGAUGAAUUUACAUGAAAAUAUAAAAAAUAGUGUUUUUCUCACCUAAAUUCUGUUUAGGAUCAGCUACUGGUAUUUGUGGAACAUGAAGUUAAUAUUCAGUGGCAGUGAGUAUAAUUAAAGAAAAAGCUAUACACCAAGACAUUGUUAGCCAUGACUCUAAUGCAGUGUCACUUCGAUUAUGUUGUUCUGGUAUUUCAGUUUGACCAAAUACUGGAAGAACAGGCUUCAAAUUACCCAAAAAAGCUUAUUCGGAUUUUCCUUGGUCCUUAGCAAUUUAGGUCCUUGAACUGGUUACCAUUGGUUCAAAGCGUUGAACAGUAAACUCUCUGUCAUGUACAUAAAAUUAAGAUUGGUAAAGCCCCUGAGUACCUGAAUGAUAAAUAUGUACCCCUUAGCUCAAUGCAUGAGCAAUGCACAAGGUUUAGAGUAACUGCUUUCCCUGGUCAGGAUUCCAGCGUUUGUUUUUGUACAACGAUACUGGGCAUUUCUCAUUGCCCAAGGUUGAAAGCUUUGGUAAAAAGACAUUUGCCUCCAACGGUAUUGUUUUGUGGAAUCACAUUCCGCAGGAUCUUAGAUAGAUUACUUGUCAUUCAAAGUUCAAACAUGCCAUCAAAAUCCAAAUAAUGGCCAGUUAGUUUAUAUACUUUCUAAUUUCCUUUUUAUAUAGUCACUUUUAUGUUGCGCAUGAUAUAUAUUUCUGUUAUUAAUACUGAUCCCUAGGUGUGUAAUACUUGCAAUAAUGUAAUAAUACAUAAAACUAAAUUAUCUGUGAUACACUUGAUUUCAAGAUUUAAUUUGCAAUUUCAUAGUUAAAACAAAUACAUAAGUUUCUGUGUCAUGCCGCCAAAUGGAAGUAAAAGGAACUCUAUCUAAUAGCUGAGGACCAAAGCUGAUUUAUAUCUCAAAAUACUUCAGUGAAAUUCAUAGAAGUAAGCUUUUUAUAACGUUAUCAAAACUUUGGGGAUUUUUAUGACCUAAUAAACGUAGUGAGCGGACAUGUUUUCUUGUCCUGAUAAAAAUCGGUAUAUGAUUUAGGACUAUAGGAAUUACAUUAACAAAUUAAAUCAUGCAAUCUGAUAAAUAGAAUAUAAUUGAUGCAAAUAUGAUUUAAGGAGGUAAGUUACCUUAAUAUUUGUAUGUGCGCAUGUCCAACCGGAAGCUAACGUGACGAUUUACGACGACGUUUACGACAAACUAAAUUUGUAUAUCCAUCCUUCUGGGGGAAAAUCAUGAACCUGUUUCCUAUCUGAUGCUUCAUGGUUAUAUAAUGCAAAACUGAUGAAUACAUUGCUGCAGAAACGCUUCGAAACAGUGUUGCCUUAAAAUGACCUCACUGACGUCAUGACGUUACGUGUCAGUUACCGCGCAAAAUUUAUAGAUUUAAUUUUGAAAGUACGUAAUUCUGUGCAAUUUCUCUACUUUAAUUAUUUUCAAACAGCCAUUACUUGCUGAAAUAUUUUUUAUGAGUAGGCGGAAAUGACGUUUCCGCAUGUAAAGACAUUAGAUAUUUAUAAAUCUCUACUAGACAAAGUUAGAAGAGCAAAUAAUCAAACAGAGGUGACAAUAUGUAAUAUUUGCCCACGUGAAGACACAGAUGUAACAGACUUUAAACAAUCAUUGCAGAUCUUGCCAGCCACUGGAAUAUAAGAUGCAUUGACGCAUUUACACCGUUCUAUGGAAGGGAACACGUUCUAACCAGUCGUUAUUUUAAUGAGCCGAAUAGAAUUCAUCUGUUAUAUUCUGGUAAAAAACGCUAACUUGUUACAAUAAAUCAUGAAGUAAAUAUUAUGUCAAAUUUCGACACAUGUACCUUUCAGCAAAAUUCGCUUAUAUGCCCCAGGUUUUAUCAAGGAAAGCGUCAGGCCAAGCAGGAUAUUUCAUUGCACUAUUUGCAAUGUAAACAAUCAUAAAACAUGUGACAAUAGAAAUCGCCACGGGGCAUUCACAGGAAAAUUCUACAACUGUAAUAACACUGGACAUAUAUCCCGCUAUGGCAAAGUUCAGUCAGGAGGAUCUUAGAGAACUGGGUUCACAACUGGCACACAUACUGAGUUGAAAGCUCAGCUCAGAGAUGAAAUUAUACAGGAGUUAAAAUGUGACAUACUUGGCAUUGUCAACCAAGAUACUAAACAUCUACAGGAUGAGGUGAGUUCUCUGAAAACUUAAAUAUUAAUAUUAAAAGCACACGCGGAAUCAUCUCAAUUCUAGCAUGAUGAACUGACACAAAAUGUGCGUGGUAUGAAUCUAGAUAUUUCAGGAAUUCCAGGAGGUACUGGCAGGACCAAUGAAGAUAUUGAAUCUAAAAUUCUCGAAGAAGCCAGGAAGAGAAAUAUCCACCUCACAAGCCGUGACGUUGAUAAGUGCCACAGGAAAGGUAAAACUGUAUAUAACGUUAACAGAAGAGUGAUUAUCAAAUGCACUAUUUCGAAGGUUGGCAGCGCCUGUAUGCUUCUCUAGGAAGUUAUAAGUCGAUGGUAUAUAAGUACAGGAAAAUUUGACUCCUUAUCAUGAAAGUCUGGCCUUCCAUGCGCGACAGUUAAAAAGAGGAAAAUACAUAACAAAAUGAUGGGUAGCAGGCUGUAAGGUGUAUGUUCAGCUGCGAAAUGAGAAACCACGUUCGAGUGAUAUUGGGCAGGGAUGUGAUCUAGGAGAUAAGAGACAAGGGUUCGUUCGCAACCCGGUGAAAGUGCAUAGUUUGACAGCUGUCAAAUACUGUGACCAUGAAUAGAAAGUUUAUAUACCUGUAUAUUGUAUAUUGUAUAACAUAGCAGAAGAAAUUGAAAUCGUUGUAUAUUUGUCAUACGUACUCCACUUGAAAAAGAGACAAAACUUUAAUACACAUGUAUAUCCAUUUUGUACAUUCUUACUUAUUCCAGUUUUUUCUUUGAAUGUAAGAAGACUCCAUAAAUCAAUUAUUUCUUAAUUUUGCGAAAAUCACACUUACUUCUAAUUAGACAGUUCAGGGGAAACAAUUCAUACGACAACAAUGUCUCUUAAUGUAAAAGUUAUUAAUCUUUAUCCAUAUUUUUUAUUCUUCGUAAGGUACUUAAUAUCUCAUAUUAUGUGUAUAUUUAUUUGGUUGCUUUUAGUGUAAAAUUUAGGUGUAUCUUCCACGAGAGAACACGGUAUGCAACAUUUUCACGAGUUGGCAUAGCCACAAGUGAAAAUGUAAGACAUUUGUUACUGAGUAGAAGAUAUUUUGAUAGGCAACUUUCUUUUUUCCCCCUUUGUUUUGACUAAAUUAACUUAUUUUGUAGUUGUUUUAUAAUUUCAUACCUUAGAAAUGUACUUUUGAUAUUAACCAUUGUUAAAAAAUAAUCAAAUGUAUUUCACACUAUUAUUUCAAUAGUUUGCUGAAAUAUUAUUAUAAUACGCUAUGUAUCAACGCCUGUAUGCCCGUCGGCAUACUUAGUCUGUCUGUAUUCCUGUCGAUUAUGUAAAUAUUUAUGUCUUUCAGCUAAAUUAAUGUUGUUUAUUUU